AUGGGUCUCACAAUCUCGAAGUUGUUUGACAGGUUCUUGGGGAAGAAGGAGAUGCGGAUUCUUAUGGUUGGUCUUGAUGCGGCCGGGAAGACAACCAUUCUGUACAAGUUGAAACUUGGAGAAAUCGUCACUACGAUCCCUACAAUUGGCUUCAACGUUGAGACGGUAGAAUACAAGAACAUCCAGUUCACUGUGUGGGACGUGGGUGGACAAGACAAAAUUCGACCUUUGUGGAGGCAUUACUUCCAAAAUACUCAAGGUAUCAUUUUCGUGGUUGACAGCAACGAUCGAGAUCGUGUCGUUGAAGCCAGGGAGGAGCUGCAAAGAAUGUUGAACGAAGAUGAGCUCCGGGAUGCCCUUCUACUCAUCUUCGCCAAUAAACAGGAUCUUCCAAAUGCCAUGAAUGCUGCGGAAAUUACUGACAAGCUUGGUCUACACUCGCUCACUCGACGUGCUUGGUACAUUCAAUCCACGAUUGCAACUACUGGUGAUGGUCUGUACGAAGGGCUAGAGUGGUUGAGCACUACCCUGAAAAAGCAGGGUCACAACUAA